AUGAAGCAGACAUGGGGAGACCCGGGCCCCGAACAUCCGGAGGCCCCCUGGCACGAGAGUCCCAGGAGAACCACCGCAGAGAAAACCGCGGCCCCCACCCAGAAAAGGGCAGAGGAGAGCCCGGAGGGGGAUCAUCCGGCAGCCACCAUGCAGACGUCCCAGGGGGCCGCGGCGGCAAGCCCGCAGGCUCCGCCGGCAGCCGGCCACACCAGAGCAGACCGGCCCCUGGGCCCGGCGAUCCAAGGCCCCCCACCCCCUAGCCAGGGCCCAGCAAAGCCAGGAGGGCCAGGCCCCGCCAAGCGACCGCCGAGAGUGGGCCAGCGCUCACCCGAGCAUCCCGCCCGGAGCGAGUCCUCCACCGGCAGGGCGUGGUGGCACCACUACCCCCAGAGGGGCAAUCAGCGCCAGCUCCCGGAGCUGAACCCCCUUCACUCUGGCGUGGAGACAGGAAGACCACCCCGGUUCCCCGCAGCAGCAGAGAAGACCACCAGCCCAGACCCCGACCGGAUGGCCAACUCGUCCUCACAGCCCCCAGCCCUGGACAGAGAACAGAGAACAGGGGUGUGA